UGUGUUGGUUGUCAUCAUCCCUCAGCUUUGUAAUGCACAUGUACUGUCCCCAUCAUUUCUCUACUGUAGCUGUGCAGAGGACUGGGGUACAGAGUGUCUAUGUUGUGCAGCACUGACUUGCUGCUGUUGCCUGUGCCUGCAGUUCCAAACUUCACUUGCCGGACUGAGACAACUUCUGCCAGAGGAAUCCAACACUGACCAUCAUUCCCUGGGACUCCCCAGAGCUGCGAUCCGGAGCGAUAUUCAUCACUCUUUGACCAUUUGAAGAAGAAAUAACGCACAAGCGCGCACAAGCCCUGUAUGGUCAGUGUGAGGCUGGAACGGACAGAACGAGAGCAGCUUCAGGGGGAGAAGUGGAGAUGUCUAUCGAGUGUUUCCUUAUUUUUCAGCAGGAAGGCCCGGGCUUGUUGACUUCCCCUCCACUCCCUUCCUUCCUGCUCUCCGAAGGUACUCAUCUGAAAAAUGAGAACAAAGUGAUUGUUCCUGUUCUCUUUCUUAAGUCUCUUCACAUGCUGGAAGAGAAAGGGCUCAUUGUCCAUCAGGACAGGGACAGGAGAAGACCGUCACGGCUAGAGUCAUUGCAGUGAGCGUUGAAAGGAAAAGGAGAAAAAGAGAAGUGCAAACCCUCUCGUCAAAGUCAGGCAGAAUGUAUGGAGAAGCGAAAAGUGAGAGGGAGUGAAAGGCAGGGGAUGGAUGAUAGACCACAGUCUUACUCCGAAAGUGAAGAACUGAACCCUGUUUUGCAAAACACUUUGUGCAAACUCACAGAAAUAUAUCACCUUCACCGAGCAGAAGUACCCAUCGCCUUUCAGAAUGGACCAGCGGAACUCCUCCCCUGCUGCCGAGGUGCCUGGCAACAAACGGGAGACCAGAAGCCCCAAAACCAUUGACCUCUCCCACCUCUCCCGUGCCCUGACCCUGCCCUCCCUGCUCUCCCCCCACUCACCCCCCACACUGCCCCUGGAGAUGGUGGACCUGAGCCGGCUGCACCUGCAGCGCGCCCUGGCCAGGUACGACGCACCUGUGCAGGUGAAGCAGGAGAUGGUGAAGCCCAUGCCUCUGUGGCCUUCUUCUCCCCUGCUCCUGACCAGGUCGCCCCUCUCCUCUCCAUACCUGUCCCCUCUUCCCCCCAGCAUGCUCCCGUUCCCCUUCUACCUGCCCGGCCCGCUGAUGCACCUGCCCCCGCGUGCCCUCCACCCCGGCCAAGCCUUCAGGUAUGACCGCGUGGAGGAGGAGGGCUCCAGCGGCCGGCGGGGUUUGGCACCCGUGGAGCGUCCCACCGUCCACAUCGACGAGAGCUACCUGGUGGAGGUGGGCGAUGGGCAGAGGCGCUGGCAGUGCCGCGUGUGCGACAAGUCGUACACCUCCAAGUACAACCUGGUGACGCACGUGCUGGGCCACCGCGGCAUCAAGCCCCACGGCUGCCCGAUGUGCGGCAAGCUCUUCAAGCAGCUGAGCCACCUGCACACGCACCUGCUCACGCACCAGGGCGCGCGCCCGCACAAGUGCCAGGUGUGCCAGCGGGCCUUCACGCAGACCAGCCACCUGAAGCGCCACAUGCUGCAGCACAGCGCCGUCAAGCCCCACAGCUGCGGCGUAUGCGGCCGCGGCUUCGCCUACCCCAGCGAGCUGCGCGCCCACAGGGCCAAGCACGAGCGCGGGCGCGAGAACGUCUGCGUGGAGUGCGGCCUGGACUUUGCCACGCUGGCGCAGCUGAAGCGCCACCUGACCGGGCACCGCGGGCCCGUCUCCUACAGCUGCACCGAGUGCCACAAGACCUUCCAGUACCCCAGCCAGCUGCAGAACCACAUGAUGAAGCACAGCGACGUGCGGCCACACAUCUGCAGCGAGUGCGGCAUGGAGUUCGUGCAGUCACAUCACCUCAAGCAGCACGUGCUGACCCACAAGGGAGUGAAGGAGCACAAGUGUCGGAUCUGUGGGCGCGAGUUCACCCUGCUCGCCAACAUGAAGCGCCACGUGCUGAUUCACACCAACGUGCGCGCCUACCAGUGCCACCUGUGCUAUAAGAGCUUCGUGCAGAAGCAGACGCUCAAGGCCCACAUGAUCGUGCACUCAAACAUUAAGCCCUACAAGUGCAAGCUGUGUGGGAAGGAGUUUAACCGCAUGCACAACCUGCUGGGCCACAUGCACCUGCAUUCGGACAGCAAGCCCUUCAAGUGCCUCUACUGCCCCAGCAAGUUCACGCUGAAGGGGAACCUCACGCGGCACAUGAAGGUCAAACACGGCAUCAUGGACCGGGGGCUUGAUGCUCGAGUGUUCCGACGGCGUAAUCGACUUUGUCUCUCCACCCAGCUGGGUCUGCUGGCCAGGUUUAGCCAGGACGAGCCCUUUGACCUCUCCAGGAAGACCCAGCCCGUGGCAACGAUCCGUCUGUCUCAGUCGGACGGUGAGAGUGUGCGCGGCAGCUCGUGUCAGGAGGAGGACGAGGACAGCCUGUGCCGCCUCAGCCAGUGCAGCCCGGAGCCCUACCAGCUGGAGGGGGAGCCGCCCGCAGGGGCCCUGGAGGACGUUCUGGAGGAGUCUCCACGGGUUCUACCUGAAGAACCGGCAGAGCAUCAGGAAACAGAGGAAGAUAUGGAACCUGAUGAUGAUGAAGAUGAAGAGGAAGAUGAAGAAGAGAGGGAGGCUGUUUGUGAUGACUUUGAGAGAAGAAGUGAGAAGCAGCAGCAGCUGUGUGCAGAUAGUGAGCAGUUUGAGUAUGGGCGGCGUUAUUGCGGCAGUCCCCAGACCUCAGCCUCCUCUGUCCAGGACCAGGGACUCUAUGAUGACAAGACUUACAGGGGUUCAGAUAUAAGCUGUGAAUGAGGCCUCACUCCUGUGAGUACGUGAGGAACAUAGCUGUGUAAAAUAUAUGAGGGAUAUUCAAACAUGCCUGAUUAAUGAGCUAUUUUGAUUUGUUUUAAGUAAAAUAAUAAAAUUCUAUUUUUAAAAUAAUAUAAUGUUUUUAUAUUUCUAUAUGGCUUUAUGUAAUUCUGCUAAUCAUAUGACAAUGUUUAUAACAUGUUUGUUUUGAGUUCAGAAAUAAUGUAUGUGCUAACAUGAAAUAUUGAUUCUAAUGAUCAAUCAUUGUCAUUGACUGUUGAUUUUGUGUGUCAUUAUUUGUCUUUAUGUAGCAUGAUUUAUGUUCAGUAUGCUAAUUAACCUCAUAAAUGUGAGUUCUUAAUUGAAAAUAAAUUUGCUUUCAUUCUGCUGUGAACUGCCUAUGGAAUUAACAAAGCAUACAUUGAUACAUUGACUUAAUAAAAUUAUUUUAUAACA